UAUUAUUUUAUUAUCGAUGAGCUGGCAUGCCGCGUUGAUAGAAUCACAUGAAACCAACGGGGAAUUGACCGAAUAUAAUUGUGUUCACCUAGAUUGUAGUGGGAACUUGCGUAAUUAAUCAGCUAAAAGAAACUAAUAAACCAACACGUUAAACAGAAGUAACGAGUAGACUCUUGCCUGGGGUUUCGCUCGCACUCGAUCCACGCGGCUACCAUUCAUCCGAGAAUCGAUUGGAGAUGGGUUUGUGGACAAGAGCUUGCUUGGCCCUUUGCUGCUUCUUACUGUGCUGCCAAGCCUCAGGAUCGCAGGGGCCGAUGAGGAGACUCUUCCAAGUUAAAGCUCGUAAGUUCUUCUUCUCCUGUCUUGGUCUCUUGCUUCGAUCCCUGCUAAGCUCUCCACUUUCGUUUUAUCGAUGGCUUUCCACUUUACUUGGAGGCUCUUCUUUCCUAGACCACUUUGGUCUCCUGGACCUUCAUUCGAUCUGUGCUUCCAUUCUCGUUGCUUUCACCGACCGUGCUGCUGAAACUUUCUUUGCAGCUUGCCCAUUUGAUUUCGGGACCGUCAACUAUACCAGUAUCACGAGCGUAUGCAAGUCGCCAUACCCGCGAGAGCCCUGCUGCAACUCUUUCAUCGCACUCACCUGUAGGUACAUCACUUACUUCAACGAUCAAAACACCACUUGCGCGGACGAGAUGUUUGCGUACCUCAACAAUGCCGGGGCUUACCCGGGUGGCCUCUUUGCCAAUCUCUGCGUCGCCGGCCCAGAGGGCCUGCCUUGUCCCGCCGCUCCAGCUCCUCUCCCGUCGCCAGCUCUCAUGCUUCACAGCAGCGAGGCCUUCCUCUUGCUGCUCAAUCUCGUCUGGUUGGUCGUUUUCGCGGUAUGAUGGUCAGGUUCCUCUUUCCUUAGUUCAACUUCGAUUGAUCACUACUUCGUUGCUUGGUUUUUUUGUAGUUCCACUUCCAUAACCAAUAUCUUGUUUUGUUCACCACUUUAAUAAGAAUGUUUUUCGAUCAA